GUGCUCUUCCGGUGGCGGAGGCGCUGUAGUCCUUAAGUGUUAAGUAGAUCCCAUCCAAAAAUAAAAACGGCACACGCUUCCAUCGUCUAUUUCGAUAGCCGGACUGGAACCCCCUCUGGUGACAGGUGCUCAAGGCGAGGACGCUCCGGGCGCGGACAAGACGUGUCAGUCCUCGAGUCCACUUGGGGUCUGUGGCAGAUAAAGGAGGGAAACCAGAAUGUCAGCUUUAGAAUGGAAGAAUGGAGGAUCCCGGCAAGAAGACACAGAUUGGAUCACGAGAUCAGAUUUUCCGAAGCUGAAUACGGCCCCAAACAGGCUUUUGGGAAGAUCUAAUGACGUCCUAGGAUGCUGCAUGUCUCUAAAAAAUAGGAUCCUGAGAGAGGAAAGAAUUUUUGUUAAACAACUAAAAAGUUUAAGUUAAGUUGAGCCUCUCAAUGAGAACACAGCCCAGCUGACACCUGUUUGUAACUUCCGAGACCAACCUGAGGAAAGCACCCAGUGAAACUGUGUCCAGACUCCAAGUCCACAAAACACCGUGAGACAAUAAAUCUCUGGCUUCUCUGGACUCAGCUUCUGAGAAUGAUUGGCAGUUCUAAAAUCAUGGCCCCGGUGCCUCUUACAUUCAGUGAUGUGUCCAUAGACUUCUCUCAGGAGGAGUGGGAAUGCCUAGAUUCAGAUCAGAAGAAUUUGUACAAAGAUGUGAUGUUGGAGACUUAUACUAACUUGGUAUCACUGGACUUUGAUUUCACAACUGAGAACAACAAAUUAUCUUCAGAAAAAAGAAGUUUUGAAGUAAAUUCAUACCAUUGGGAGACAAUCAAAAGUAAAACCUUCAACCUUAUGGGGUUUAUUUUUAGAAAUGACUCACAGAACAGAAAUGAAUUUGAAGGACAACAGGCAUCUCAAGUGGGACAUUUUAGUCAAAUGAUGUUCCAAAAACAUAUAUCUCUUCCUCUGCAUCAGAGAAUUCACACUAAAGAGAAGUCAUAUGAAUGUAAGGGAUGUAGGAAGGGCUUUAGGAAAUAUUCACAUCUUACUGAAAAUCUGAAAGACCAUAGUGGUGUGAGACCCUGUGAAUGCAGAGAAUGUGGAAAGGCCUUCCUAGUUCUCCAGCAUUUUAUUAGACAUAAAAAAAGUCACACUGAUUUGAAGCCCUAUGAAUGUAAUGGAUGUGAGAAAGCCUUUAGAUUUUAUUCACAGCUUAUUCAACAUCAGAUAAUUCAUACUGGUGUGAAACCCUACAAAUGUAAGCAAUGUGGAAAGGCCUUUAGACGUCCUUCUCACCUUACUGAACAUCAGAACAUUCAUGUUGGCUUGAAACCCUACGAAUGUAAGGAAUGUGGGGAAACUUUUAGGUUGUACCGGCAUAUGUGUCUCCAUCAGAAAAUUCAUCAUGGUGUGAAACCUUAUAUCUGUAAGGAAUGUGGAAAGGCCUUUGGUCAUCGUUCAAGUCUCUAUCAACACAAGAAAAUUCAUUCUGGUGAGAAACCAUAUAAAUGUAAACAGUGUGGAAAGGCCUUUGUUCGCAGCUAUCUACUUACUGAACAUCAGAGAAGUCAUACUGGUGAAAAGCCUCAUGAAUGUAAGGAAUGUGGAAAGGCCUUUAGUAGGGCCUCAAGCCUUCUUAAACAUAAAAGGAUUCAUAGUAGUGAGAAACACUAUUAUUGUAAGGAAUGUGGGAAGGCCUUCUGUAGAGGCUCUCAACUUACACAACAUCAGAGAAUUCAUACUGGUGAGAAGCCCCAUGAAUGUAAAGAAUGUGGGAAGACUUUUAAGCUCCAUUCUUACCUUAUUCAACAUCAGAUCAUUCACAGUGACUUGAAACCAUAUGAAUGUAAACAAUGUGGGAAAGCCUUCAGUCGUGUCGGAGACCUUAAAACACACAAGUCAAUUCAUGCUGGGGAGAAACCUUAUGAAUGUAAGGAAUGUGGAAAAACCUUUAGACUUAAUUCUCAACUAAUUUAUCAUCAGACAGUCCAUACUGGCUUAAAACCAUAUAUAUGUAAAGAAUGUAAAAAGGCCUUCCGUUCUAUAUCAGGUCUUUCUCAACAUAAGAGAAUUCAUACUGGUGAAAAACCUUAUGAAUGUAAGGAAUGUGGUAAGGCCUUUAAUCGUAGCGAGCGACUUAUUCAGCAUCAGAGAAUUCAUACUGGUGUGAAGCCACAUAAAUGUAAGGAACGCGGGAAGGUCUUUACUCGUUGCUCUCAACUUACUCAACAUCAAAGAUUUCACAUUGGCGAGAAACUCUUAAUGUAAUGAAAGUCAGAAAGCCUUUAGCCUUGGCACAUCCUUUAAUAUUAUCACUUUUCUACCACCUAACUACGUUAUGCUACAGAUUAUUAUUUAACAUAAAUAUAAAUGCUUGGAAGGGUGUCUGGCUCAGAGUAUUUGCUUACUAUUAAUAAUCAUUCUUUAAUGAUAAUUACUAGUAUUGUUAUAAAUUCACAUGGAAGGAA